AUGACACACCGAGAUUCCGACUUCCGUCAUCAACUGGGCAAGUUUCGACUCGAUACCCUGCCGUCGCCCGCUGCUGCUGCUGCUGCUGCACCCCCGCUCAUCUCCUCCACCUCCAUCCUCUCCAGCCCCAACACCACCACCACCACAACAACAACAACUUCCUCCUCGGGCCCCGUCCGAAGCAAAAGAGUCUCCACCGCCUGCGAUUUCUGUCGCAAACGCAAGAAGAAAUGUGACUUUCGUUAUCCCAAUUGUUCCGCCUGUACGCGCGCCGGCGUGCGAUGUACCAUUCCACCACCCGGCCCUCAGGUCGCCAGCGCCUCCGUCCCUCGUGAUCAGCUGGAAACUCUUCAAAAUCGUGUCCGAUGGCUCGAAGAAGUGGUGCGCCGGAAGACGGGCAUCUCUGUCGCCGAUCGGCCCACGGGGACGCCGCUCGAUGGCGAGGGCGACCCGGACUGGUGGUACCAGGUGCCGGCCUUGAUGAUGACCCGGGACAACCUCUCCCGCACGGCGCCGGGGACGGCCGCGGGAGGCGUCACCUCCAGCCCGUCUACCUCGUCUCCAUCCGCCGUGGGACCCGAAUUGCCCAAUGUCGGCGAGAUCUUCCGCGACCAGCUGGAGCAUCGUCGACCGUCCGUGGCUCGUCCCGUCGCCUCGACCCCGCGCGUGCUGCGACUCGCCUCGCUGGCGGAGGCGGAACGCGUAGCCGCACAGUACUUCGAUAGUAUGGGCUAUCAAUAUCCCUUUCUCCAUCGCGGGGAUUUCCUCGCGCAGUUGCGAUCGCUUUAUACCUCCGACAGCGUCGUUGCCCCGGAGGUCCACUAUACCUACCACAUCACUAUCGCCAUCUCGCUCAUCAUCGGGUCGGCCGACGGCGCACAGGCCAUCGAGUUCUAUCGGGCCAGUCAGGAGACGUUUCCGAUGGCAUUGCAGAAUGAGGACCUGGCGGCCGUCCGCGCGUUGCUAAGUAUGGCCUUGUAUACAAUGUUUGCAACAAGCGGUCCGAGCGUGUGGCAUGUGUUGGGUACCGCACUGCGGCUGGCCACCAGUCUGGGGCUGCACAAAGCGCGACCCGCUGCCAGUUUGGUGGAAGAGGAGAUGGCUAAACGGGCCUUCUGGAGUCUGUACAAUCUGGACCGACUGAUCGCCAGCACGUUAGGACGACCUCUUGGCUUAGCGGACGAGGACAUCACCGUGGGGUUGCCACGCGAGUUCAACGAGGACUGGACCGAGGCGCCCGGGUCGAGUGCCAUGACCAUUCCAGUGCAGGUGGUGCGACUACGUCGGAUCUUUUCGCGCAUCUACCGAUAUCUGUACAACAAUCAGCCCCCACCCCUUUCAUCCGAAGUCACCGCCACGCUGCGCCAUUUCCGACAGGAGCUGGACGAUUGGCGACGCGCGGCUCCCGUAUACCCUCCCGCCCUCCUCUACUCUACAAGCUACUACGACUAUCUAUUUGCGACGACAGUACUGCUCAUGUACCGACCGAGUCCACGGAACCCGACGCCAGAUACUCUGAGCAUUAUCAGCUGUGGCGACGCGAGCAUCCAGGUGAUUCGGUCGUACUGGGACAGCUACUCGGUAGGCAAAUUGAAGUGGAUCUGGUUGACGCUGAGCCAGAUCUACUUCGCCGGCAUCACGAUCCUGUGGUGUCUGCAUCAGAACUUGCGCGCGAUACAGGACGGUCAAGCGCCACCCUGGCAACCGGAUGACCAGACCAUGCGCCGGGGGAUCCAAGCGGUUGUCGUCCUGAUGGAGGAGUUUGGCAAACGGCGGCCGGGGGUGGAACGUCUGGCGGAGACAUUCCGUCAACAAAGCACGACGAUCUUCAGCCAUCUGGUGGCAUAUCAGCCCCAGCCUCCACCGCAAAGCCAACCCCCGGCGCCUCCACCAUUAUCGCAGUCACAAUCGCAACCCCAUAUGCUGGUGGCGCCGCCGGUCCCGCUGGCCCCGGUGCUGGACGACGUGCUGCUGGUGGACGGGUCAGGCAAUAUUCCCGUGAUGGAUCCGUCCAUGGCCGAACAAUUGUUCUAUUCUGUACAUGCAUUACCCCGCAUACCCUAUCAGCUUAUCAAUUUGUCCACUUCCACUUCGUCCUCUUCCCUCCAUCAAACCUUCAUGUCGCCAACUCUGCACCCCCAGGCCUUCUAUGGCACGUUAAUCCAUUCGCUCAACCCAUCGACAAUCGAAUACCUCCCCAACACAUUGAUCAUAAUUGACCAACAUGGCAAAAUAGAGGGACUCCAUCCGCAGACCCCCGAAUCCUCCAUCCAAUCUCUCCUGGCCACGCACAACCACACCACCACCAGCUGCCCAACCACCAUCCUUUCGCCCGCCGAGUUCCUCAUUCCCGGAUUCAUCGACACCCACAUUCACGCUCCCCAAUGGAGUCAACGCGGCGUGGGCCGGGGCAUCCCACUGCUCAACUGGCUGGAGGGGAUCACGUUCGCGCAUGAAGCGCGCUGCAGCGACGACGCCUACGCGCGGCGACUCUUCCGCUCGUGCGUGAGCGGCGGCCUCAAACAGGGCGUCACGACAGCCUGCUACUACAGUUCGCGGCAAGCCUCGGCAACGGUCAUCCUGGCCGAGACGUGUCUCGCGCUGGGACAGCGCGCCCUGCUGGGCAAAUGCAACAUGGACCGGCACGCGGUCGACUGGUACGUCGACGAGUCGGCGGCGGCCUCGGUCUCCGACACGGAGCACGUCAUCCGGGCGGUGCGCGCGCUGGACGCCGAGCACGGCCUCGUCACACCGGUGAUCACGCCGCGGUUCGCGAUCAGCUGCUCGGACGGGCUGCUCCGGGCGCUGGGCGAGCUUGCGGCGCGCGACGAGUACCGCGCGCUGCCCAUCCAGACGCACUUCAACGAGUCGCGGCAGGAGAUGGCGUUCACGCGCAGCCUGUUCCCCGGGGUGCAGGACGAGACGGCGCUGUACGAGUCGUUUGGGCUGCUCAACUCGCGGUGCGUGCUGGCGCAUGCGAUCUACCUGUCGCCGCGGGAGAUGGACCGCGUGCAGGCGCUGGACUGUGGGAUCGCGCAUUGCCCCGUGCCCAAUACUACCAUGGACGAGUUCAUGGUGGCGCCUGUGCGGGAGUAUCUGGCGCGGGGGAUGAAGGUGGGUCUGGGGACGGACUGUGGGGGUGGGUUUUCGUCGUCGAUGCUGGAUGUCAUGCGCAUGGCGUUUAUGGUGAGCGUGGCGAGGGAGACGCAGACGGAGGGCCGCGACAAGCCGCUGUCUCUUGCGGAAGGGUUCUAUCUGGCGACGGCGGGCGGGGCGAGGGUGUGUGGGCUGGCGGAGAAGGUUGGGCGUUUUGCGGUGGGGAUGGAGUUUGAUGCGGUGCUGGUGAGAACGGGCGAUGAGGUCGAUGGGGUCAUGACGCCAGUGGAGGAGGAGGAUUCGCUCGAGACGGUGUUUGAGAAGUUCUUGAUGACGGGGGAUGAUCGCAACAUGGUGCGAGUGUUUGUCAAGGGGAGGGAGGUGAGGGGGGUGUAA